GUUGUCCUAUUCGGCGAAACCCUCUUAGCAUUUUCAUUGGGAGGUGGCAGGUGUGGGAGUUUGCGAUCUGUAGAAGCGGAUUUAACAAAACCACAGAGAACAGACCUCAACAAUAAAUAGUCUGUUAUAUAGUCCAUGAGUUACCUUCACUGCGUAGCAUGGAUUCUGCCUUCUAGUCAAACUUUUAAAAGAGCCGAAGACAACAAGCCUACAUUUGCGUCCAGCUCACUGGAGUCUGGUGACCAUCCUGCCGUCUCUCACACCUCUCAGCCAUGGCCAAGCUGCAGGCCAACCAGGCGCCCCAGACCCAGAGCCAGCCAGCAGCCCCAGAAGGUGGGUGGGGCUGGGUGGUGGUGGGGGCCCUGUUUGUGUCCUCUGCCCUGGUGUUUGGGAUAAUCCGGAGCAUGGGGGUCUUCUUUGUGGAGUUUGUGCAGUACUUUGGGGAGAGCGCCCAGGCUGUCUCCUGGAUCACAUCCAUAGGGGUGGCCAUGCAGCAGUGUGUCAGUCCAGUGGGCACAGCGUUGUGUAAAGCAUACGGUGCCAGACCUGUAGUGAUGGCAGGAGGUUGUCUCUCUGCACUGGGCUUCAUCCUGGCCUCACAGGCCACCUGCGUCACACACCUCUACCUCACCAUGGGUGUCAUCUCAGGUUCGGGCUGGGCAUUAGUCUUCACCCCUAUGGUGGCGUCAGUGAUGCAGUACUUUACACGGCAGCGCUCCCUGGCCAUGGCGCUGGGCUUUACGGGCGUGGGCCUCUCGUCCUUCGCCUUCUCCCCCCUCUUCCAGCUCUUGGUGGAGAUGUACGCCUGGCGGGGGGCCCUGCUCAUCCUGGGGGGGCUCAGCCUCAACAUGGUGGCCUGCGGUGCCCUCAUCAGGCCCCUGGGGGCCCACAAGGCUGUAGCUGCGCUGGCCCCAGGUGAGAGUGCCUUGUCCUGCGCUUCCAUCUUCCACCGGGCCUACUCCUACCUGGAGCUUUCUCUCCUCUUCCAGCGGCCCUUCCUCACCUACAGCCUGGCCAUCACCUUCUUCAACUGUGGCUACUUUGUGCCUUACGUCCACCUGGUGGCCCACAGCCGCCACGAGGGCUUCUCCCAGUAUCAGGCAGCCUUCGUCAUCUCAGCCACGGGUGUGACGGACAUAUUGGGCCGUGUGGUUUCUGGCUGGGCCUCGGACCUGGGCCGUCUCCGUCUGCCCCAUAUGCUGGUCCUCUGGACGGGCCUGUUGGGCCUCUUCCUCCUCCUGCUGCCCCUGGGCUCCCUGGGAGGGUCCUACCUGGGCCUGCUCACCGUCAGCCUAGCCUACGGGUUCUGUGCCGGCGCCAUGACCCCCCUGGUGUUCGCGGUGGUGCCGGAGAUUGUGGGCAUGGAGCGGAUGCUGGGCGCCCUGGGGCUGCUGCAGAUGAUCGAGAGCCUUGGGGGGCUGCUGGGGGCACCGCUGUCAGGUUUGCUAAAGGACCUGACAGGCAGUUACACGGCCUCCUUCCUGGUCGCUGGUGGUUUCCUCCUGCUGGGUACCAUGGUAACGGCCACUCUGCCUCACUUCUUCUCCUGCACCGACCCGUGCCAUCUCCAGAGACACGCCGGUAACCACAACAACAAGCAGCAGAACCAGCAGAGCCCCGAGUCUGGCCUCAUGACCAACUCCAUAUCAGAGAAACUCAACCACAUAGAUACCAUACCGUACUCUAAACCACAACUGGACCGCAACAGCCUCCAGGUGGAACCAGAGGUGUACAUGCCUUUAAACCAUAGCAGGACCGAUGAUGCCACUACUAAAUGUUGAUUGGUUGCGCAGCAUUAGCAACCAUACCUUACUUAGCCAAUAGGGCGUCUGAAUGCCUGGUUUCUCGGUGGGGUUUCCCUAUUGGUCUGGGGAGUACAUGGUUAAGGUGGACGAAUGCUACGUGCUUAUAUUCCAAAGCCGUGUACAUUUGUGGAGGAGGAAGACACAGACAGCAAGGCAAAAAUACAAACGGGUAGUGUGGGAUGUAUAGUGCACACAUCACAACCCAGGCUCUAUCUCUCAUGUCUCUCAUUUCCCAUAUUACCCAUACUAAAUAAUAGAGAGGGGAAUCUGGUUUGAGUUCUUUCCUCCACCCAACUCUCUGAGUAAGAUUCAGUAACACUUCUCCGUUUUCAUUUAAUCCGUCUCUGGAAUUAUAUAUCCACAUGACAGUCAUUUGGUGUUCUACGUCAAAACAUAGAUUAUUAUGUUAUGUGUAUACUCCUCUAACCCCUGGUAUUAUUCCACUUCCUCCUGGCCACACUCCCACAUUCAGGCUGCUAUGAGGAUAUGAAGAGUUUAAUUCCAAAACGCUAUAUAUCCAUUUUCAGAAAUGUUGGUAAAUUAGCUUUUGUUGUUUAAAUAACUUAUAAAAGACAUUGAUGUGUUUUUUCACUAUCUAAUCAUGGCAUAGGUUUGUUCAAUGACAGACAUGUAUUUGUUUGGAAUCUAUCACUUGAUGGUUUCAUUUCAUAGAGACAAAUAAUCAUGUUUUAUAUAGAAAACACUAUAUAUCCGACACACUCUCAGAGCAAUAACUAGUACUGCUAGGUUUUACACAGUCAAAUGUAAUAAAUAACUACAUUUUUCAUAAAGAACUGCACAAAUGAUACAUUUGUUACAUCAAUAUAUAUAAAAAAUGAAUCAAUAUAGUAAUAUGAGAUCUGUAGGCUGUAAAAUAUUAACAUUUCACAUUUCAGUCAUUUAGCAAAUGCUCUUAUCCAGAGUGACUUAUAGUUAGUGCAUUCAUCUAAAGAUAGCUAGGUG